AUGAAGUUUUGUAACAUAGUUCUCGUUUUGCUGCUUUUUAAUUGUUUCCUUGAAACUAACGCCUGGUUUAGUAGACGUCGUCGCCGUCGAUUCUGCAGUCCUCGCGAUUGUGAAGUCAGUUCUUGGUCUUCUUGGAGCUCAUGUAGUGCUGAACAAUGUGGACAAGAAGGGUCACAACAAAGGACAAGAUGGCGAGUAUUCGAGCCGAGUUGUGGAGGAUCAGAAUGUCCUAACUUACAGGAAACACGGCAAUGCUAUGGUACACGAUCAGUGAACUGUCAGCUGAGCUCCUGGUCUGCGUGGAGUGCUUGCUCGACUUUAUGUGGCGCCUCUGGUAUUCAAACCACUACCCGUCAUAGAGUAAUCACCGAGCGUUGUGGUGGAACUUGCUCGUCAACAUUUCGGAAGACAAGAGCAUGUAUGGAGUUAAGCUGCCUCAACGGGGGAAGUUUAGAGCAUGGAAUAUGCUUUUGUAAAGAAGGCUACUCCGGAAACUGCUGUGAGAAAGGUAACCGGCAAUUGUGAAAUAGAAAAACAUUUGAUUGAUACUUUUUAGACCGGAUUAAGGUCAAAAUGUUCUUAUGUAUUGAUAAACUCAUAGUAUAGCUUCAGCUAUAGCUUGCGCCGCAACACUGCCUCUUGUCGUUCCCUGCUGCUGGAACUUUUUGGUCUUUCUCUGAGAAACUUCCUGAUGGCUUGGAGCGAUAUUAAGAGUUGGCUGUAGUCAAAAAUUCUUAAAUUUAAGACAAAAAUAUUUGCUUGAAUUUUACUCCCUAACAACGGACUAAGCGCGUCCUGAGCUUUUAAGGUGUUUCGAUACAGUUUUUCGGAGACCAUACCGAUAUUUUUCAAUCGCUUUAAAGGUGAUGAUUUUAUCUUUGUCCCAUCGCUAUAAAAUUUUCACCAGGAUUGACUAUGAAUUGAAAUUUGUCAAAAUGCAGUUUUAAGUAAAAUCGAUAUCACUAUGACAUCAAUUAAUAAUAAAAGAACUCUGAAAUCUAUAAAAGCCGAAUUUUGCGCGAACUAGACCCGCUACUGAAAAUCCGACACCAGGAACUUAAAGUGUGGUGUUUAGCAAAUAACCUCGUGAGAAAUAAAAAAUUCUGUAUGUUUAAAUACAAAUAAAACGUAAAUAGGCUCUAGGUUUUGGAAGCCAUCUUGACGAGUUGGCAAUGGCGUGACGAAUUACAAUGUUUGUAUGAGAAUCUUAUGUCAAAUAAUUUCCGUAAAACGGCUGUUCUGAAAAAAAUAUGACUUGUAAACUAAAGCUACACAGCAAAGGAUUUUACUAACAAAUUUUUAGGGCCGUUACUGUGCUUAAAUUUUUUCAGACCCUUGCUUUAGGUUUUCCAUAUAUUUGUCUGCAAUUUUUCCCGGGAAAUUUUAGUCGGGAAGAAGAGAAAUUUUUACAGACAAAUGUAUAGAAAAAUUUUAAAAAGUGGUUCUAACGCAUGUAGCUGCAUGUAACGCCCUCAAAUUUUAUCAGCAGAGUUGUUAGGAGUGAAGCAAAUAACUUAUUUAACUUUUUCGGCUACAAGUAUUGAAUUUUAAAUUCUUAAAUCUAUACAAACUGUGCGGUUGCAUCGUGUUCAUGCGAUAGACUUUAUAGAUUGACAAUUAUAAACGUUAUAACAGCUUAACACUAUUUCAAUAGGGCUAACUCGGGCUCGCAAAACUACGAGACUCUCAGCAGAUUAAACAAGAACUCUUUCAUAUUUACCUUUCGGAGGCGAGGAUACAGAAAGUGUAAACAGACCGUCAUCAAGGCUUCAUUUUAGCGGCAUUCAGGGCACGAAUUAUGGAAGAAAAAGUAACUAAAAGUAAUAUUCAACAGAACAUGUACAACAACAAUGACUCAGUUUGAUAAAUUCAAGAAAGGCGAUUAGUGUGUCGAAACUGUCUAGAAACCCUUUAAACUUUGUUUUCUAUUAAGUCUUAUUGUGUCUUACUGUUUCUUUCAACUGAGUAUUCUUUAAAACUUUGUCUCAUCGGCAACCAGAAAUAAAUGUUUAUAAGCUUAAGCAUGCGCAUUUUUAAUCUUAUAACGUACAUCACCCGUCCCGAUCAAAUUUUGAAAACAUGCAUCGUACGUACUAUACAUCAUAAAAAAGUAAACCAGAAACAAAAAAUAAAUGUAACCAACCUCACCUAAGAAACAUGUCUUCAAAGGAAGUAAAUUAGUUCAGUAGAAGGCUGCAUCAACUUUUAAAACCACUGCCAUCUAAAAACAUAUGAAUUUGACGGUAAAUGAGACGCUUUCGCCAGCCACAAAACCAACUUUGAACAACGAAAGAAUCUUGAUAGCAGCUGUAUUUAAUGUUGUGGAAGCAUUGACGUACAGAACACAAAAAGCAACGUUUAAAAAAUAAAAGUACACGAGUUGCUAGUUUUCGGUAAACAAACUUGAAGAUGCUGCAUGAGUUUUGACGCAUUUUCAAAACUUUGACCAAACUAAUUUAAGUUCAAGUUCAAGUUCAUUUAUUCACACUUAUUCAAUUACAAUACAACAACAAUAAGAAAAAAAAAUAAGUAAAAAACAGAGCUAACUAUACAUUGAAUUAAACAUAACAAAGGAAAACAGUGUGUAGCAACCAAAGGAGCCAAGCUUUCGAGUUGGUUACUACCACAGAGCGGUUACAAGUAAGUGGAGGUUAUACAAUACUUAUAAAAACACUAGUUAUGGAAUUCUGGCUAAAUUAAUCAUGUUAAAAAGGUAGGGUAUACAUGAGUAAUAAUAACUGUUUAAAUUAAAUAAUUAGAUAAAUAGAGCUAAAUAACAGAUUAAAGUUGUUCAAGAUGCCUUGCUGUCAAGUAGAGAGAGUUUACUGAUAUUCUUUUUUAAAACUGUUUAAGGGGAGACACUUAAUUUUCAUAGGUGUAGCUUCCCUGGUCUGUGAUGCCACUCACUAAACCUUGCUAGGCCAUAUUUAGUUUUGGGAAAUGUUCUGUGCAGGUUUUGAUUAGUGGCAUACCUAGUAUUAUAAUUAUGGCAGCCGAAGCCGGUUGAGCGAAGUCAUAGAGGGCAGGAGGUGUAUACUUUUUUUGAUAUUGAAUUUUAUGCACAAGGGCGCCAAUUUUUAAUUUAAAAAUAUUCUCUAACUUUAAGAUUUCUAAUACUGUAAAGUACGGUGUGGGAUUUUCUCUUUUGUUGGCAAAGAAUAUGCAGCGCAUGCAGUUAUUUUGACUUAUUUUGAUUGUAUUUAACUUAGUUUGGUAUGCGGUACCCCAGUUCAUUAAAGCAUAUCCUUAAGACUAUAUUUUAUAACUAUACGUUUUUUUUGUGGUAAGUUAAACAAUGAAAUUCAAGAUCUUCACUGGAAAACUCCAUUGUCUGCCUCUUGGUGAACUGGUUAACGUUUGGUCAAGAAAAACGCAAGCUGCACGUCUCGGAUUCCCCGACCCCUCCCUUGAAGAGUACUUAGUCCCAACCUAGUCCCUCCCUGCCAGUCCUUACGGUCGUACGUACGUUCGUACGAACGCUAACGUCAUAAUCAAAUUUUCUUGCAUCGAGAAGUUUCCAUUUUUUUAUAGCAAUGGAGGCUCCGCUAAUACGAAAGGGGUACCUUUUCGGUCAAAAAUGCCAAUAUAAAAGUGUUACGGGCUGGACCUCAGGGCAGAGCCCACCCGCUUUGUUGAGUACCCCCCGGAUAUUUUAUUGGUUAGUUUUUCUUUAAAAAAUACCUCACAGAAGAUCUUUGACGUAGUUGCAUUUUUGCCUUUUUAAUUGUCUAUUUUAAUAUUUGUUAAAUGUCGACCAAAAAUGGGCCACUUUUGUGUUUCUUUCUCCAGGAAAGAGUUCAAGUGCAAGCCGCGUCGGUGGUAUAGUUGGCGGAAGCGUGGCGUGCUGUCUUUUUCUGAUGGGUUUAGGCUAUGGUGGAUAUAAACUCUAUAAAUAUCGAAAACCAGAUCCAGUUAUAAUCAUACAAACUCCUGUAAUAUCAUACAAUGCGUCCAAUGGAACCUGUCGUAUUAGCACACGUUCGGGACAAAGUUGCACUCCCUCGAUGAGGCCUUGCUCCCAAUGCUUGAGAAGCCCCUUGGACGGUGCUUCGAUUCCUGGAAGUGUUCCUUCAUAAACAAAAACAAUAACGGGAAACACCCUGCAUAUAUUAGUAAUAAUUAAAAUCCUCUGUGCACUAAAAUAGACAGUCGAAUCUCAAUGUGCGACCAACUCCCAUAAGCAAUCACUUAGGCCAGUGGGUUCGAAACUGUAUCCUUGCAGCCUGACGCAACUCGAUUUAUAGAGUCUUUCUCGACUACGUCAGAAUAAACAAACUCGAGCAGGCGAAUGGAAGGCUUUGCUAGCAGGGCCGUGAGUGUUUCGAGACGUAAACGUUCACCACCGAAGGAUCUUACAAAUAACCUUUUACGUAGUUAACGUGUACUGGAUAAUACAGUAAACACCUGCUAUAAUAAGAAACGACGUUUUUGGAAGUCUGGCAAAAGAGGUUCUUUUAUUUUGGGGUAAUUAUUGGCAAUUUAGGCUAAGUAGGUUCUUAAUUAGGUUCUUAAUUUCUAUAAAAGAGAUAAAACUGUUGACUACCAGAA